AUGUCUGAGGAAGUCGGACGCGCGGAUCAACUCGCCCCAAACUUGGAUAAAACACAUAACGGGGCCAAUGCAAACUCCAGGGCCGUGUGUAACGUGUGCAAACGCCUCUUCCAGGACCCUAAAAUCUUACCGUGUCUGCACAGCUUCUGCUCGGACUGCAUCUCUCAGCUGGAGCCGUUUUCCGCAGCGCGCACCCGGGGCAGUGGUGCAGGAGAGGGCGCAGUCACGGUGCUGUGUCCGGACUGUGAUUCGGAGGUGGAUCUGCCUCCCUCUGGAGCGGCCGGACUCAGCACGGACCACUUGGCUCUGGAUGAGGUGUUCCUGGAGACGCUGGUGACCGACGGCCCGCUGCCCUGUGACCUCUGCGGGGACGGGGCCGCAGAGAGCCGCUGUGAGGUCUGCGCCAGCAACAUGUGCGAGUUCUGUAGCCAGGCCCAUAGGCGUCAGAAGCGGACCGCCUCGCACUCGGUCCUGGCUCUGUGUGAGUUGAAGUCCCGCGGUCGCCUCUGUCGCCCCGUCCUCUGCCCCCUCCACCCGGGACAGGAGCUGGGCCUGUUCUGUCAGUCCUGUGAUGUUCCCGUGUGUGUGGAGUGUGCGUCCACGCUGCACCGGGACCACCGCUGCUGCCCCGCCCACAACGUCAUUGACCGCCACGGGGACCGCAUCCGGGAACUGGUGUCGGUCCAGCUCCGGCCUCGGCUGGAGCGGCUGGAGGAGGCGCUACAAAAGGUGGAUGCGUCCCAGGACCUCCUGACGUCCCGGGUGGAGGAGGUGGCCCAGGAGGUGCGGGCCUUUGCUCGAGGAUAUGCCAGUGCUGUGGAGACGCACUGCCUAUCUCUGCUGCGGCACCUGGAGGAACUUCACAAACAGAGAAGAAACCAGCUGCACCUGCAGAGGGCGCAGCUGAGCCAGGCGCUGCAGGACGUCCGAGGAGGAGUGGACUUUGCAGAGAGACUGUUGAGCUGUGGUUCGGACGCAGAGAUCCUCAGCGCCAAAGGAGUGACGCUGCAGAGACUGAGCCGGCUGUCCCAGGGCAGCUGCGACUCGCUGACCGCUGCAGCUGUGGACGAUGGCUCCACCCUCUGCUUUCUGCCCUCGGAGUCAGCGGGAGACGUCCACGGUUUCCCGGUGGUCGGAAUAAUCCACGGAAAGACGACCGACCCGAGCAAGUGCACGGUGGAAGGAGAAGGACUGCAGCAGUGUAGUGUGAGCCAGACUGGACUCUUCACUCUGGUCUGCCGGGACUCUGCCGGGGACCAGCUGACCCGAGGAGGAGACCAUGUGGUGGUUAGCAUUGCCCACAAAGAAAAGAGAAACUGUGUAAUCGUGACGUCGGUCGUGGAUAACAGCGACGGGACGUACAGCGUGUCCUACACCCCUGAAGAGCUCGGGUCCUACUCUGUGUGGGUCUGUGUCCGAACCCAACAUGUCAAGGGCUCUCCAUUCACACUGAACAUAAAGAGGAAGCUGAGGCGCCACAGCGGGACGUUUCACUGCUGUUCUUUCUGCUCCAGCGGAGGGUCCAAAGAGGCUCUCUGCGGCUGCCCGGGAACCAUGCCAGGUGGAUUCAAAGGUUGCGGUCACGGUCAUAAGGGGCACCCAGGGAAGCCGCACUGGUCGUGUUGUGGCUGUACGGUGGAGAAGUCCGAGUGUUUGCCAGAAAGUGUGACUGCUGUGAUGACGCGAGGGCACCUGAGGACCGUGGAGCUCUGA